AUGCUCCUCAUCCUCAUCCUUCUGGCGGGCCAAGGUUCCUAUGGAAAGCUCCCCGACGUUGGAGCCCGCCAACCCUGUGCUUGCGCAUGUGUCUGUGCCUGUCAGACAGCUCCCUGGUUCUCUUCUCACAAGCGAUCCUUUUCCUCGAGCCAAGUCCGGCAUCUAUAUCACCAAAUACUACUGCAGGCCACCAUUGGCUCGAACGUCAGACCCUUCGAUUGGAGCGACAGGCGGAAGAAGGGUGGGCGGGUACUAUGGAAUUCAAUGCACUGUGGGCAAGGCCGCUUCGCAAGAAACGGGGACUAUGAAGCCGGUCCAUGUCAACGUUGCAACGGUUGGACGUCAAGGAUGUUCUGCAGUACACUAGACGGCGCUCUCUCCCGCCCCUCCAGCACCAGCCUGUGUGCCUGUCUUGUCUUUUUUGGCAACCUUGCUCAACCGAACGCACGGUAG